ACUGAGUUGGCUUUUUUGGCAGCUGCAGCACACUAUGGAUGAGGCUUGAUUUAAUGUGAAAGCCAAAGCAAGAAUAAUUCAUUAGAGUUUGCUCUUCUGCUCCACUUCUCCAUCCCAGACAGUUGAGGUCAGAAGGAUGCUUCAGAGCCAGGAGCUAACUCCUCUCUUUCCAGGAAGAAAGAGGGAGCUGCUGCCCUGCUGGGCUCAUUUGCUACCUCCUCCCUUGAAUUGGCAGCUUCUCCCAAGCCCUGAAACAUUGAGGAGCUGGUUUUUGACCAGGAGGAGGAGCUGGUUCUUCAACAGCCAAAGGCAGGCAGGGACGGACUGAAUGGAGUUCUUGCAGCUUUCGUCUCUCAGAUCAAUCACAGGUAUAUCAGAUCUGAAGGAGGCUGUGGGGAGAAGAGGAACUGCAGCUGAGAAGAAGUCUUACUGCUCCCGCUGCUGCUGCUGCUGCUACCACCACCACCACCUCAGAUACAUCAGAGGAGAGCAGAAGAGGACAACUGCGAGGGAAAAGUGGUGCGUUGAAGAGUUGGGUCCAAGAUGGAAUUGAAGCUCUGAUCUGCAGUGCAACGGAAGAUCCUGAGAACUUCACAGUUUCUCCUGCCUAGGUGCCAUGUCUGAACAGGCAGUUGCUGUGGCUGGUGGGAUAGUAGCUGGACUUCUGCUUCUGGUCCUUCUGGGACUAGCCGCCUACCUCUUUUGGAAGAGUAAAUAUCUCAAGGGCUCUUAUGAAGAACUGACUGAUCCAGUCACCCCGGUUCUGCAGGAGCCAGAUGUUGCUCAAUCAACUUCAGUUCCUCCUCAAAAUGCCAGAGCAAAAAGUGUUCCUUUCAUUGUCCCGCCCAAAUUUCAUCGACAAGGGUGGGCCGAUGUGCUAAACGGAGAACAAAUUCAAGAGGAGAAUGAACUUUACGUUACUCCAGAUUCUGCACCCCGAUCGUCUUUCCAUUCUUUAGCUGGAGCAUACCUUGGAGGGACCAUCAAUCCAGAACUCUACCGUUUUCCGGAAGACGAGAGCGAGACGGACUUCCCGGAAGGAAAUAUUGGCCGGCUUUGGUUCUCCGUGGAAUAUGACAAAGAGUCCGAAAGGCUACUAGUCUCCUUGAUUAAAGCCCGGAAGCUGCAGCCUCCUUCUGGAUCCUGCAACCCCUUGGUGAAGAUCUACCUGCUCCCAGACGAAAGGCGUUACUUGCAAUCCAAAACAAAGCGCAAAAAUUUCAAUCCUCAGUUUGAGGAGGAUUUUGUUUUCCAGAUUUCAAGUGCUGUUUUAUUUCAGAGGACGCUGAAGUUCUGUGUCUACCAUGUUGAUAAACAGAAGAAGCACAUUCUCCUGGGCCAAGUUAUCUUCCCACUGAAAAAUGAAACUUUGGCUGAAGAUGGAAAGGUUGUGGUCUGGAAAGAUUUGGAACCAGAUAACCUGGAGCCACCUUCUGAACAUGGUGACCUCCAGUUCUCUCUCAGCUACAAUGACUACCUGGCCCGUCUCACGGUGGUGGUGCUGAGAGCGCGAGGUUUAAAGGUCCAGAAAGAGCGAAAUGGUAUUGGUGUGUGUGUCAGAGUGUCACUAAUGAACCACAACCAGCUCAUCAAAAGCAAAAGGACCACAGCAAUCAUUGGAUCCUCCAAUCCGUUGUACAAUGAGACUUUUAGCUUCAAGGUGGACCAGCUGGACCUCGACGCAACCAGUCUGAACUUGUCUGUUCUGCAGGGAGAUGAGACAUCCUCGCUGGGCUGUGUGAUUGUGGGGCCCUUCAUGUACACCCGGGGGAAGGAACUUGAACAUUGGAACGAGAUGAUGAGUAAACCCAAGGAGCUGGUCAAAAGAUGGCAUGCGUUGUCGCUUAGCAGCUGAAAACUCUUACAAUAGAUAGUUUCUAUUUCCAUGGUGGGUCCAUCAGAGGUAAAGUCUGAUUCUAUUCAUCACAGAGGUUCUCGGUCUCAGUGAUCAAAAGGCAAGGGACCACCUUUCUUGAAGAAUCUCAUGCUAGUAGAUUCUCUCAGAUUACCCACUGAACGAAAAUGAGAAGAUUGUUUGAUCCUAAAAACGAGAAGAUCCCCCCCCAUCAAUCACAAGAAACGUGUACCGGACGUAUUGCUGACUUUUGAUGCCUCAACCCCUAGGUUCUGUGAAUUAGUAGAAUAUUUCGGUAUAACUCAAGAGCUGAAAUUAAGGGGUUAAGAGUAUCUAUGUCAGGUUGGUUGCUGUAAUCCCAGAUAAAAGAGUUUAUGAAAUGACCACCUACAAAAGGACUCUUCCAAAAUAACAUUGCGGCACUCCUGCUGAAAGCACGACUAUUGAACUAAAUGGAAUAAACACGUUUAGUUCAUUUUAGUCAUUUAUUUAGUCCUGACUCAGAGUAGUUGUGGUUAAGAUGGCUAAGACACUGUCAACUGGAAAGCCGGCAGCCCUAGUUUGAGACCCAGGCUUGAUGCAACAGGGUGAGCUCCUGUUCCUUGCUCAGCUGCUGCAAGCUAGCAGUUUGAAAGCAUAGAAAUGCGGGUAGAUAAAUAGGUACCACUUUGGUGGAAAUGUAAUGUUCUGUCCCAGCCUAGUUGAACUCCUUGUUAAGUUCACAAGGAGACAACCCCUCUUCAAAUCAAGCAGGCAGAAACUGCAGGACAAACCUAAACCCCUUUUCUUACUCACAGACUUGAGGAAAAAACAAACACAGUUCAUCGCAACUUGAUUCUUAACCUGAACGGUUGCCUUCGGCAGCCAGCACCUCCCACACCUUCUCUUUUAUUAUACAGCCAAGGCGUGGCUUCCUAAUGCCUUCUCCUUUGCCUUUGGAGCCGCCCCAUUGCAUUCCUUUGUCCUGCUCUCUUUGCCUGCCGGCAUUUACGAGCAUCCUGAAUGUCACCCAGCUGUGAGUCAUCACUAUUCCCCUCAGCUUCUCAGCACAGCUGUGUCUCAACCUGAGCGUGAGUAGAGGGGCCAGGCUCCUCGUCAAUUUUCUAAAUCUUGUAGCUCCUCUGACUCUGAUGUCACUCCAGGCCCCUCCUCCUCCUCCUCUCAUCCCUCAGACUCAGCUGCCAGAUCUACGGGCUGGUGAGGAAUCACAACAGGUAAUAGCACUUCAAGUUGUCAUGCUAGCUUCAGGACCUCGGCAAUGUCUUUGAAGUGCUGGCUCAAUGGCUAUGAAAGGGAGAUGAGCACCACUCCCUAGACCAGUGGUUCUCAACCUUUCUAAUGCUGCGACCCCAUAAUACAGUUCCCCAUGUUGUGGUGACCCCCAAUCACUUAUA